UGCAGCCAGCCAGUCUAGGAUCUCCCAAUGCCCAGCACGAAGCCAUUCCAAGGGGCAGCAUCAUGGGCUUUGAACUAGAUCGCUUCAGUGGGGAAGUGGACCCUGAUUUCAAAUGCAACCUAUGCAACAGGGUCCUAGAAGACCCCCUGACUACCCCUUGUGGGCAUGUCUUCUGCGCAGGCUGCGUCUUGCCCUGGGUGGUGCAGCAAGGCAGCUGCCCGGUGAAGUGCCAACGGAUCUCUGCCAAGGAACUCAACCACGUGUUGCCUCUUAAGAGCUUGAUCCUCAAGUUGGACAUCAAGUGCGACAAUUACUCCAGGGGCUGCGACAAGGUGGUGAAGCUGCAGAACUUGGGGGAGCACACCGAAAUGUGCGACUACUCUCCGGCCAAAUGUAGAAACAAGGGGUGCAAUGAGGUCCUCAACCUUAAAGAUAUGGACGCUCACAUGAGGGAGUAUUGCGAGCAUCGGACUGUGGGUAUCUGCCAAAAGGGCUGUGGGCUCAUGUUAACCUUUAGGGAGCAGAAGUUUGGGGACCACUGCUGCCUAAAAGCGAUGAAAGUACAGAAUAGUGCCUUACAGACCAAGAUUUCAGGGCUGGAGACGGAGCUUAAAAAGAGAGCCUUGAGAUCUUCCAAGAGAGAGAAAUCCCUCUUGUCCCAACUCUCUGCUGUGCAGAACGAGCUUCAGAUGACAGCCCUGAGAUACCAGAAGAAGUUCACGGAGUAUAGUGCGAGGCUAGACUCUCUUACCAAGGUUGUGGCUCCACCAUGCAAGGGAGAAGAAACCAAAACACUGACUCUUGUGCUUCACCGGGAAUCUGGAUCGUUGGGAUUUAAUAUUAUUGGUGGCCGGUCAUGUGUGGACAAUCAAGAUGGACAAUCAAGCGAAGGAAUUUUCGUGUCUAAAAUAGUGGACAAUGGUCCCGCUGCCAAGGAAGGAGGACUUCAGAUCCAUGACAAGAUCAUUGAGGUGAAUGGGAAGGAUUUAUCCAAAGCCACUCAUGAUCAGGCCGUCGAAGCUUUUAAAACCGCCAAAGAACCCAUCGUGGUGCAGGUCCUACGGAGAACCCCCCACCCCAAGAUAUACAGCCCGACGUCCGGCGUGCAACUGGCCGAUUCCGGGACGCAAACGGAAAUCACCUUCGAACACAUCAUGUCUCUGACCAAAAUGACUUCUCCUCCGCCGCCCGUUUCUGCCUUGGACCCGUAUCUCCUGACCGAACAGCACUCGGCGGCGCAUGAAUAUUUCGACCCCAACGACUUCAUGGGGAGUUUGCAUCCAGAUCUGGACAGAGAUGAACUGGAAUUAGAGGAGAUAGACCUAUACAGACUAAACAGCCAAGAUAAGCUUGGCCUGACCGUGUGCUACAGAACCGACGAUGACGACGACACUGGAAUCUACGUCAGCGAGAUCGAUCCCAAUAGCAUUGCAGCCAAAGACGGGAGAAUCAGAGAAGGAGACAGGAUCAUACAGAUAAAUGGCAUCGAUGUUCAUAACCAUGAAGAAGCUGUAGCUCUCCUGACAAGUGAAGACGCUAAAAACGUUUUCUUGCUGGUGGCGAGGCCGGAGAUUCAGCUGGACGAAGGAUGGAUGGAUGAUGCCAGGAAUGAUUUUCUAGAUGAUUUACACAUGGAUAUGCUGGAAGAACAGCAUCACCAGGCAAUGCAAUUUACUGCCAGCAUGCUUCAGCAGAAAAAGCUAGAUGAAGAUGAAGGAACUACAGAUACGGCUACAAUUUUGUCCAACCAGCUGGAGAAAGACAGUGGAGUCGGACGCACAGACGGCAGCACUAGAAACGAUGAGAGCUCCGAGCACGAGAAUAUUACCGACGACCACACCACCUCCUCAAACACGCUAGGGAGUCAGAAGAAGCUAAUGUACAGUCAGGACACGUUGGGCAGCGGAGAUAUGCAGUUUAGCAACGAGUCCUUCAUAUCGGCGGACUGCACGGAUGCCGAUUUCCUGGGUAUCCCCAUGGAUGAGUGCGAGAGGUUCCGGGAGCUUCUCGAACUUAAAUGCCAAGUGCAAAGCGCCAACCAGCGAAGCCGGUAUUACCAAACCAGCACCAUGGAGACCAGUCGAAGCGAUCAGGAAAGUGUAGACAGGGAGCUGGAGAUACUCAACGAAGAACUUCACAGCAUUGAGCUUGAGUGUUUGAAUAUUGUCCGGGCCCAUAAAAUGCAGCAGCUCAAGGAGCAAUACAGGGAUUCGUGGAUGCUUCACAACAGUGGUUUCCGCAACUACAACACAAGCAUUGACUUGCGUAGACACGAGCUUUCGGAUAUCACAGAGCUGCCGGAGAAGUCCGACAAGGAUAGUUCAAGUGCCUACAACACAGGGGAAAGCUGUCGCAGCACGCCGCUGACUUUGGAGAUUUCACCCGAAAACUCACUGCGUAGGGCAGCUGACGCCCUCAACUGCCCGAACGCCGAGGGGGCUGCUGGCAACGCCGUCCCGAAGAACUUGCCGACGAGCGGUGGCAGCCGCGAAUCCAGUCCUGCCAGAUACCACCUCCCUGCCAAGGAUUUCGACCCCAACAAGCAAACAGAGAAUAGAGACAGAAAAGCCGGGGAUUUCGGCAAAAGCCAAACCACCUCUGAAAAACUGUCCAGCUCGAUGGCGCCGCCAUCGCACCGCCACUCGCCCUAUAAACAUGCCCAUAUUCCGGCGCACGCCCAGCAUUAUCAAAGCUACAUGCAGCUUAUCCAGCAAAAAUCGGCGGUGGAGUACGCGCAGAGCCAGAUGAGUUUGGUCAGCAUGUGUAAAGACUUGUCUAAUUCUACGGAACCAAGGAUGGAAUGGAAAGUGAAGGUGAGGAGCGACGGGACGCGCUACAUCACAAAGCGGCCCGUCAGGGAUAAACUGCUGAGGGAAAGAGCCAUAAAGAUAAAGGAAGAGAGGAGCGGGAUGACAACCGAUGACGACGCCAUGAGCGAGAUGAAGAUGGGACGUUACUGGAGCAAAGAAGAACGGAAGCAGCAUCUUCGGAAAGCCACCGAACAGCGGAAGAGAAGAGAGUUUAUGAUGCAGAGCCGGCUGGAAUGUCUGAAGGAGAAACAAACGACGGAGGACAAUAAGGAAGUCAGCAUCAUCGACCUUAGCCACAAGAAGAUGAUGAAGAAAAGGAACAAAAAGAUUUUCGACAAUUGGAUGACCAUUCAGGAACUGUUGACUCACGGAGCCAAGUCUCCGGACGGGACUCGGGUGUAUAACUCCCUGCUUUCCGUUACAACUGUAUAAUUUUUCUGAUCUACGGCCUGUAAAUAAGAAACUACCGAUGGGGUAGAAUUUCAGCCUCGUUAAAUGUGGCAAGUUUUUUUUUUUUUUUUUUUUUAAUGUAAAUAUAAGAUAAUUACCAUUACUGUUAAUAGUUUGUUAUUGAGAAAAAAAAUAUAUAUGUACACACCCUGUUUGGUAUCACGUUGAUGGAAGGACAGACGAGGGUCUGAGUUAGUUGGAUACAUUAGAUAUGGGAUUUGGAACUUUUUUUAUUUGAUUUUUUUGAAUUUUCGCCUGUAUUUUAUAAAACUUUUUUUUUUUUUUUUACAUUUUUCAUACAGAUAUUCAACUUGCGAAACCAAAUAACCCUUAAUUACAAACGUAAUAUCUUUAAUCAGUAUUCAUUAAUUACACAAGCUUUUUUUUUUGCCUAAAAAACACAAAAAAGCAAUUGCCAAUAUGAAGUUAUAUUUUAUAAAUUUGUAUUUUGUGACAUUACUUUUGCAUUUGUGUUUUUUUUAUAUAUUAUCUGCCUUCCUAUUUAUCAAUAUCUGCAAAAAUAAACAAGAUCUUUUCAUAAUGGGUAAAAAAAAAAAAGCAGCUUUUACAAUAAUGAGCAAAUCACAAUUUUAAUACUUUUUGAGAAUCGGAUUUUUUUUAUAUCGAGCGAUUUUUAUUCGUCGUGUAGCUUUAACAGGAUUGGAAAGCACUUCUACGGCAGUCCCUUUGUCAGGCUUUUGAUACGGACAAGGAAUUUCUUUAUAAAAGGACGAAAAAAAUAAAAUAAUAAUUUAAAAUGUUUGUUAUGGUUGGGUUCUUAAAUUGGUUUGUACUGAAAGACUCUAAAAUGCAAUCUAAUAAAAUCACAAAUAAUUGCGGCCGCAGCAAUGAAAGAGAAAUAAAUUAUUUUGUACCCAGUC